AGGCAUUUCGUUUUACAAAAAGAAGUUUUAAAUCUGUACCGUCAGGUUAUAAGGGCUUCACGAUCCAUACCAGAUUCAGCUGCUCGUUCGGAGACAGUAGCAUGGUUUCGAGGUGAAAUCGAGCGCAAUAAACACUUGACAGAUGUCGUG